AUGGCCCGCAACCAAAUCCACGGAAGAGUAUCUCUCGAGAUGUCCGACAAAAAAAUGCAAAUUAACCUAUUAUUACACGAUAAAGGAAAAAGUGAUCUAGUUAUUUUUCAUGUUCGUGAUAUACUACGUUCUGUUACAUUGGAAAAAAUUCAACAGAUUCACAAGUACCUGUCCCCACGGCAAAGAAUGGCGUUUCUUACCCAUGAAUCCAUUGACAAUGAGGCAGAUUUAAAGAACCGUCUUUCUUGGUCGGAGGGGUUCUUUAAUUGGACAGUAACUUACAAAAGAGAGUCAGAUAUUUUCUAUUCUUAUGGAAGUUAUGUUCUCUUGCCGUCAGCUGAGAGACCAGCGAAAAUUCCUGACUAUGCAGCUGAGAAAAACCAAUCUGUGUUAUGGGCUGUUUCCAAUCGUGGAAGAGCUCGAGAUAAGUACGUAAAAAACUUUUGA